AUCUUCAACUUCCAGGCUCGGGCACAACUUAAUUAGCAUCUCGACCCCAUUUUAAAGCAGCAGCUCCGUCUUUCAGUCUCAGUCACGGUUCAUGAUGUCUGCAGAGUUCUCGUCUGUUUCUGGUUCUUCUUCUCUGUGGAUUUCUACAUGUGUGUGGUUCUGGUUCUGUUCACAUGUUGAAGGUGAACCAAUCAUUGCUGCUCCUGGUGAUGAUGUCAUCCUGCCGUGCCGCCUGGACUCUCAGGAGGAUCUGAGUGGUUUCUCAGUGGAGUGGACCAAAGUGGACAUGAAGCCUGAUCCACAGGGCCGCAUCCUUUUUGUGUAUCUGUACUGGAGCAGGCAGACCAUGACCACAGUCAUGAUACCGUCGUUGAUCCCAAGAGUGUCUCUGGACCAAGACGGACUAAAACGAGGAGACGUGACGUUAAAGAUCAGGAACGUGUCGCUCCAGGAUGAGGGGAAGUACAGAUGCUUCAUUCCUGGGAAGAACUUCAGGGAGACGGUUCAGCUGGUUGUUGAGCCAAACAGAGUCAGAGCUCCAACCAUGGAAACAUCCCAGGUUGACAUCAUCUCCACUCCAGAUCCAGGAGGAGACCGGAUCUGGAUCAGUCGCUCCAGACCGGCUCUCUGGAUCCUUCUUGGACUUUUUCCCUCAGUGAUCCUGUCUGCUGUUUGUGUUUGUGUCUGUCAGAGGAAACAACCAGAAGGUCAGGAACCUAUGGAAACCUUUAACAGAUCCUGAACCCACACAGCCUCUGGUGGCUGGAAGUGUUCAUCAGUGGAUCCAUCAGUGUGAAUGAGACUGAGACUGGAAAACACUGGAGGACAAAGUCAAACAGGAAAUGGAUUUACUUGAACAACACUUUUACCUCAAAGGACCAAAAUGUUUUGCUUCCAAACAGCUGCAAUACUUUUUCUACUGAGAUCUAUUUUCCUUGUACAAUAUUGUAAAUCUUGUAAAUGUUUGUGUGUUUGUUUGUGUUGAGUUGACAUUCUAGUUGCUGAUGACACAGUUGUUCAGGAGAACAUGGAGAAUUGAGCCUUCAUGUCCUAAACGUUGCUGAUGGAAAUCCUAGACUUUCAUUCUCUGUUCUCUCCUAUUGUUUUCAUGCCAUCAUGUUCUUUCUGUCACCAAUCAAUCCAUCCCAUAAUAU